AUGAAGGCAGACGCAGAAGCAGUAGGAUGGGUUCUGGUAGAAGCCAUUGACAAAGCUGGGACUGUCGGUCAAGAUGAAAUGGUCGAUGAUUUUGUUGCUUUAGGCAGCAUCGAUCUUAAGGCGGCCGAUGGAACCCCUGUCCAACCUGGCAAGCAGCAUGGCCACAAUCCUGUGAAAGCAGGAGCACACAUUGCCAACCAAGCCCAUACCAAGGGAGGCAAGGAGUCUCGAAUCAAUGCGAAUAAGAACAGAGCAGCUGUACAACCAGGUGUCCUGUGCCCCAAGGCCUGUAUCGAUAUCGCUUUUCAUGGCAUUGGAAGCAGGUUCGACGAUGGUGACGAGGUAAUGACCUCAGGACCAUUGCAGCUUGGGACAUCAAGGCAAGACGAUAGAGUGUAA